CACCGUCAAUCAAAAUAGAAAAAAAUCGACCCGAAUUCACCGAUCAACACUAGCCCGCCUUUGAUAAAAUAAUCAUGUUUGGAGUUUAGUUUAUCAGAUAAUCCUCCCGGUUACUACCACUCACGCUAUGCCUGGUACGUAAACCAUAUGCGCAGCGAAGCGUGCAACUAAUCGGUGAGUUUGUGCAACAGCGAAGCAAGCUGCGUCUUUUUAUCUUUUGCUCUGCUGCUAACAAGCUAGAUAUGGUUAGCUAACCGAGCUAGCUGGCUAGCCACGGAGUUGACAAAGUAAACAGUCAAUCUAGGCCGAAAUCGCCACACAAUCUGGGCUGCAAAGUUGCAUUUCGCAGUCAGCUCCUUUUGGACUGAAGAGUGGGGAUGCUUUGCGGGGUUUUCUGGCAGGCAGGAGUUGAAGAUUACAGAGUUUUGCUGAGUUUCCCCCUCUCUCUCUGCUAGCGCCAGAGCAGCCUCUGAAACAAGGAGAAAUGGCGUCCGCGGACGUGGACAGCAGUCAAAGCGAGUUUCUGCAGCCUGGCGGCGCGACGGAAACACAGACGACAGAUAUGUCAGCCAUUCAGUUGACGGGUUCAGACCGGUGGGAGGUGUUAACUCCGGUCUCAUCUGGGAAGGAAGACCAGGGAAUCCUUCACAUUCAAAACUCGGGAAUUGUCACGUCCAAUGGGCAGUAUGUGCUUCCUAUUGGGAGUCUCCAAAACCAGCCCAUUUAUGUUACAGCAUCUGGGAAUGAUGGUUCAGCUAAUGGAGUGUCAGGCAUCCAGUAUCAGGUAAUCCCCCAAAUCCAAAAUGCAGAUGGGACACUGUCAGGAUUCACACAGGGACUGGAUGAUGGCACGGGACAGAUCCAGCUCCUCCAAGAUGGCGGUCAAGGCAGCAUUGGGAUCAGCUGUGCCACGACAUCAACAACAGACCUCCUGACGCAGGCUGGGCAGGUUCAGUCGAUCCAAGGCGUCUCACUAGGGGGGUCAGCGUACACCACCUCAGUGGGGCUGCCAGGCAACAUAACAUUCGUCCCCAUAAACAGUGUGGAUCUGGAGUCUCUAGGGCUUACCGGAGCGCAGUCGGUCCCCAUUGCAACUGGGGUAACAGCGGAAGGUCAGCUGAUUAUGGGCGGCCAGGCGCUGGACAAUCAGGGUCAUGAUGGCAAGCAGUCGAUGGUGACUGUGAGCGGCGACAACCACCAACUCUACGUGCCAACCUCCACUUCCUCCUCCAACACCUCCCAUCUUCCGGAGACCAUCGACGGCACCGGGGUCCUGACUCAAGCAACUGCUGUGUCUGCAGGCGUGUCUGACCCAUCCCAAGAGAAUUUCAACUCCCAGAAUCACAUGCAGCAAAUCCAGGUCUCAUCGUCUAACGCCACCACUAUGUCGCAGCCUAUCCUGCAUCUGUCUGGGGACGGUCAGGCGCAGGUGUCACAGGGUCAGGACAUGAACGCAGCAGGACAGACUCUGCAGAGCGUGCAGCUGGUCAACCCGGGGACCUUCCUCAUCCAGGCCCAGACCGUCACCGCUACCGGGCAGAUCCAGUGGCAGACCUUUCAGGUUCAGGGCGUGCAGUCUCUCCAGGGCCUCCAGCUGCCGCAGGGCCAGGCUCAGGCACAGCAGCUGACCUUGGCCCCGGUCCACAACCUCUCUCUGGGCCAGUCGGGCCAGGUCAGCCUGCCCAACCUCCAGACCGUCACAGUGAACUCCAUCGCACAAAGUGGAGUUCAGUACACGCAGGGGGAGGACACUAACAGUCCAUCUGGUAUCCACAUAAAGGAGGAGCCGGACUCUGAGGAGUGGCAGCUGAGCGGAGACUCCACGCUGAACCCGAGCGAUCUGAACAACCUGCGCGUUCAGCUGGGGGAGGAGGACAUGGACGGGGCGGGAGGGGAGGGCAAGAGGCUCCGCAGAGUGGCCUGCACCUGCCCCAACUGCAAGGAGUCUGGGGGAAGAGGGUCGGGAAUGGGGAAGAAGAAGCAGCAUAUCUGCCACAUCGUCGGCUGCGGGAAGGUUUACGGCAAGACGUCUCAUCUCCGAGCUCACCUGCGCUGGCACAGCGGAGAGAGACCCUUCGUCUGCAACUGGAUGUUCUGCGGGAAGCGGUUCACCCGGAGCGACGAGCUGCAGAGACACAGGAGGACACACACAGGAGAAAAGAAGUUUGUGUGCACAGAGUGCUCCAAGAGGUUCAUGCGGAGCGACCACCUGGCCAAGCACAUAAAGACUCACCAGAAUAAAAAACCCGGCGUUACCUCCGCCACGUCUCCACCCACCACCGACACCAUCAUCACGGCGGACGGCACCACGCUCAUCCUGCAGACCGCCUCCCACGACCUCAAUCAGGAGAUCCCUUUGCAGCUGGUCACCGUGGCGUCCGGUGAGGUCAUGGAAUAAGGGGGUGAGGUGGCUUUUUGAGAACUGGCCUAUCACAGGGACCUCUUGGGCUUUUCUCUUUCCCUUCUUACCUUUUUUUUGUUUGUUUUUUACAUAUGAAUAUAUACGUAAAUAUAUAUGACAAAUAUAUAUAUUUUAAGUAAGAGUUAUCAUGACUUUGUGUUUGUUUUUUGCAGUCUUUUUAUAGGCGCGCAAAAAAAACAACAUUAAAAUGUGGUCGCUAUGUACACACACACACACACACACACACACACACACACACACACAGAAACAUGCAUUAACACUCAACACGCCACAUGAAUAUUCAACACGAUGAAAUGCCUUAUUUUGUAUCAUACUCUUGUAUAAAAUGCUGGAGGUGCAUGUGUUUUUUAAAGCUUUGCAGAUGAUGUAACUGUAACGGAGAUAAAUUUGUUUGUGAAAUCAUGAUGAUGAUGAUGAUGAUGAGUUUUGGAAAAAGAAGAAAGAAAGUAGGGAACCUCUGGGAUGAUUUGUAAAGUUUGUCUCUGGAGAGUUCUGACUAAACCGAGCGGUCCGUUUCACUGCUGCCGCCACGAGGAACGCUUUUCUUUUUAAAGGAAGGGUUCAGCAUUUUAGGAAACUUGCGCUUAUGAAUUUUUUUUCUGCAGAGUUGGUUGAGAAGAUUGACACCACUCGUGAUUGUACAGUGAAUAUGAAGUGUUAGCUCAGCUCAGCACACAGACACAGGGAAACGGCUAGCAUGGCUGUCCAAAUGCGGCACAAAAUCUGUCUGACAGCAUCUCUCGUAAAGCAGUAAAAUAUAAGUAAAUUAGGUAAAAGGGUGUAUCUUGUGCGUUCUUAUCUUUACAAAAAACAAAGUGUAAAGCCAUAAAUGUGUAGUAUUUGUUGAGUUUGGCUGGAUUAUUUGCAAGGCUAACGGUGCAGUCUCCAAAAAGUUGAACUUGCCAUAAGUAGUUCUGAAAACCCUGUAACACAGCACAUUUUCACUGCACAUUUUUUUACAAAUGAAACAAACAAGAUUCAGUAUGUUCACUUUUUCACAAGAUAUGUGAACAAGUGGAAAGUAGAGACUCUGGUAUUUGGAUUUUGUUACACUUUUAACAGAUUCCAGCUAGCUGUUUCCACCCGUUUCCUGUCUUUGGGCUAACUAAGCCAACCAGCUGCUGGUGUUUACUAGUGAGUUAUGUGAGGGGUGUCAAUCUUCUCUAACUUUUGACAAGCAGGCAAAUUAGCUUCCCAAAACGUGGAACCUUUUCUUUAAUAAAGCCGCAGCAGCUGAGCCCAAUCACCGACAGCCACCGGGCGGCGACACUGAUGUCAGGCUGUGCUGUUUGACACACGGCGGGAGGUUUUGGGCAGUAGGACUGCUGUGCCACUGUUUACCGAUCUGGAGUUGGUGUUGGGAAAUAGAUGCAAGCCACUCUGAAAAAAGGCAACUUCUUCCUGUGUCUGGUCAGCGUGAACAGAAUGUCUCAUCUGUUCUCACGAGCACACCGUCCGCUGUGCUUGUUUUCGUCGAAACACGUUUUUAUUAUUUUCCUUUUGCAAUUUCUUUGUAAAUUCAAUGUGUUUCAGUUUUGUGUGUCGCCGAUCUCGCGUGUCGUCUAAAUCGAAACCACCUGUUGGUGAUCCUAUAAUGUCGAGGGGUUACCUCUGAGUUCCUGCAAAGCUCUUUGUUGCCAUCGUCAGCUGCACGCGGCUGCAGGAGGAAAACGUGCACAAAUAUUGCCAUGAGAAGAAGAAACGUAGAGACGGAUGCAACAAACUCCCCCCCCUCCUCCCCCCUGAGGGGUUUGUUUGUCAUCAUUCCAGCUGGACUCCAGAUGAUGUGGGAUUAAGUGUUGCAAUAACUGCUCUGCUGGUAAUUCUGGCCUGAUGUCAAGUCAAAAGGAAAACAAUCAUGCCAUUUGUUGUUUUUAUUUUAUUUUAAUUCAUGUAAUCCUUUCCUCAGUUUGUCCUCAUGUUUGUAGCAUUCAUUUACAUGUAUAUUAUCUUAUUUUCACAUUGUUUAUAGAAGCCAUUGCUUAGUUAACUGAAUUUUGUUGUAUCAAAACCUUAUUUUAAAAGUGAUUUUUUUCU